UACAGAAUGAAACGUAAAUCGCGUGAAUGUAUACAAGAAAGUUACGGAUUAUAGGUUUUAAUUAAAACAUUAAAGAGUAUCAUAUCAAGUUACUGUUUGCACAAAGGUAGGAACAAACAGACUAAACGGUGCAGGAGUAGAAAAGUCGAUACAAACUGUGUUGGUAUUACAAUUAUAAAAUAAACGAAUUAACAGUCUACUUAAAGAACAGUUUGAAUGUCAAGUUUGAGGAAGGUCCUGUUUCUAAAACAUCAGAGAGAAUUGUGGACAAGAAGGUUGUAUUUCAUACACUCUUGUAAAGUAUCUGUCAUCAAAAGAUAUCUAAGCACAAGCUUCAUCAUGACAGCAAAAACAGACAUCAGAGAUCACUUACGACCUCUAGUGGCAGUAUGUCAGAUGACCUCCCAUGCUGACAAAGAAGCUAAUUUUGAAGUUUGCAAAUCACUAGUUGCAAAAGCGGGUUCAAGAGGAGCUCAGAUGGUGUUCCUUCCAGAAUGUUUUGAUCACAUUGGUGAGAAGAAAGAACAUGCCUUAGAGAUGGCUGAACAAGUUGAAGGACCUUUAAUUCAGAGGUAUAAAAACCUUGCUAAAGAAUUUAACAUUUGGCUUUCUCUUGGAGGUUUUCACCAACAAGGACCAGAAUCAGAUGCCAAAAGAGUACAAAAUGCACAUAUUAUCAUCAGUAAUGCAGGUAAAAUUGUGGAGCUUUACCACAAGACUCAUCUCUUCAGUGUCCAGCUGCCAGGCAUUAUUUCUAUUCGAGAAUCUGACUAUACAAUACCUGGAGAAAAAUUGGUUCCUCCUAUUGAUUCACCUGUAGGAAAAAUAGGCUUAGGAAUUUGCUAUGAUCUACGUUUCCCAGAAUUUUCACUCUUCCUGGCCAAAUCAGGAGCAGAAAUCUUGACAUAUCCAUCUGCAUUUACUCAGACUACAGGACUAGCACAUUGGGAACCACUACUUCGAUCUCGAGCCAUAGAAACGCAAUGCUACGUUAUUGCAGCUGCACAAACAGGAAAACAUAACCCUAAACGUUCAUCAUAUGGUCAUGCAAUGAUAGUUGACCCCUGGGGUUGUGUAGUUGCCUGCUGUCAUGAAGGCACUGAUGUUGCUUUUGCUGAAAUUGAUUUAGAUUAUUUACGCAAAGUUCGACAAGAAAUGCCAGUAUGGACACACAGAAGAACAGACCUGUAUGGAGAGAUAAUAACUGGAAUACAGUCAAAUGAUAUAGAUGCUUCUUCCCAUUACCAGUUUGGUCCAGUCACACUGUUACCCUCACAGUUAUUCUACAGAACACAACUAUCCAUGGCCUUUGUCAACAAGAAGCCAGUUCUACCUGGACAUGUACUGGUAGCACCACUAAGGCCUGCUGAAAGAUUAAAAGAUCUGAGUGGACCCGAAAUAUCCGAUCUUUUUACAUGUGUACAGAAAGUCCAAGGUGUUAUUGAGGAGGUUCAUGGUGUCAAGUCUUCUACUAUAGCUAUUCAGGAUGGCCCAGAGGCUGGGCAAACAAUAAAUCACUUUCAUGUCCACGUACUUCCUAGGAAAGCUGGAGACAUUAAGAAUAAUGAUGACAUCUAUCCCAAGCUAGAAGGACAUGAAUUAGAUGUCACUCUGAAAGCAAGAAAUGAAGAUGACAUGGCACAAGAAGCAACCCUUCUGAGAAAAUAUUUCUACUAAUUUAGUCAAGAAUGAAGUGAAUUUUAUAGUACAUUGUUAUGAUAUGUAAUAAUACAACUAGUUAUAAUUGUCAAUUUUCAACCAUUAUUAUAGCCAUCUGUCAGAGACUACAUAGUGUAGUUUAAAUUAUAGCACUGAAACACUGAUGGAAAUUUAAAAAACAAAGGGUAUCGUGGACCGUAUAACUCAAGUUUAUGUAUGACUUGUAGCAAAGUUACAAAAAAUAAUAAUUAGAAUAAGUGCAUUAACAGUACAAUGGCUAAUUAGUGAUAUUAGAGUCUAUACGUUUAUUUCUUAUAAAACUUCAUUAUUUGAAAUAUAGUAAUUGCAGGAUGUGCAACGUAUAAUGUAUAGAAAUAUGAUGGUAAAAUAAAUCAUUUCAUAGAUAAUAAUCUUGAAAGCAUUAAUUAAAAUCAGAUUGCUGGAUUAAAUCCUACUUUAUUCUUAUUAUAAUCUUCACUGCAAUAUCUGUACAGCUUUUACUCAUUCCCUAUGUUAUUUCCUCAUUAUUGAAGUUAAAAAGUUUCUAGUUAAUCUUGUACAACUAUACAGAAAUACAACUAUGAGUUAACAUUAAAAUAAAAGCACUACUUACAAA